GGAGAGAAAAGGAAAAAAAAAACGAAAAAGAAAUCGAUCUAAGGUAGACGACGGAAAUGUCGAACGGAUGGUUAUCGAGUUUCUGCAAGCAAGGAAAGCCGUAUAUGGGUGUUCUUUUUUUACAACUGGGUUAUGCUAUUAAUGGGAUUUUAGUGAAGUCUGCUUUAAAUGAGGGCUUAAAUCCAUACACAUUUUCUGUUUAUCGGAAUGUUGUUGCAGCUGUUGCUUUUGGCCCUUUUGCUCUAUAUUUCGAAAGGAAAAUACGUACCCAGAUGACAUUUUCAGUAUUCUGGAAGAUAUUGUUACUGGCAUUUAUAGAGCCGGUUAUGGACCAAAUAUUAUACUACACAGGGAUGAAGUAUACGACGGCAACCUUUGCCAUCGCAAUGUGCAACGUUCUCCCGGCGUUGACUUUUGUCAUGGCAUGGAUCUUUAGGCUAGAAAAGGUGAAUGUGAGAAAAGUGCAUAGUCAAGGGAAGAUCUUAGGAACCCUGAUUACGGUGGGUGGAGCCAUGGUUAUGACCCUUGUUAAUGGGCCACCGGUUCCAUUGCCAUGGACCAAGGGUGGCACCGGGGUGCACAAUUCUCUAGACUCCUCUGCAACCGUCUCUCAAGAUCAACACAUCAAGGGUGCCAUCAUGAUCACUGCUGGUUGUUUUUGUUGGGCUAGCUUUUACAUUCUUCAGGCUAUGACUCUGAAGGAAUAUCCGGCUCAGUUAUCGCUGACGACACUUAUAUGCAUGAUGGGUGCUUUGCAAGGGACCGUCGUAACUUUGGUUAUCGAGAAGGCUAAAUCGGGCAUCUGGUCCAUGCAUAAGGAGACAGAACUCGUGGCUACUCUCUACAGUGGAAUUGUUCGAUCGGGUGCUAGCUACUACGUUUCAGGGCUAGUGAUGAAGGAAAAAGGACCCUUUUUCGUCACGGCCUUCAACCCUUUGGGGAUGGUGAUUGUUGCGAUUGUGAGCUCAUUUGCGUUAGCCGAGAGAUUGGUUUUAGGAAGGGUUGUGGGGGCGUUUAUCAUCGUUGUCGGUUUGUACCUAAUAAUAUGGGGUAAGAGUAAAGAUUCGAGUUUGUCGAGUUCAAAAACCAAAGAGAUAGAAACGUCUGAUAUAGAAAAGCCUUAUCUGGAAACGUGCAAAGAUCAAGAUCAAGAUGGUACGAAGGCGAGAAAAGAAGAUGAUAGAAGUGAAGCUAAUGUUUGAUUAAUUCUUUAAUCAACACAAUAAGUGAAGAAAUUCUUCAAGAUUUUGAGGUCUUAACUGAUUUCAAAAUCGGCGGAUGAGAUUGGUGGCUAAUUAAUUUCCGAUGUGCGACAUUGUUUUAGCUACUCGUACAAAAGUUCAAUCUCAAUUAGGUUUUGAAGACCGCCGACUGUUUUGUUUGUCUGUUUUAACUUUGUUAAUACUUAUGGGAUUAUCCAAUCAAAUCCAAUAUUUGUUCUUUUAAAAA